UAACUUGGUUUUGCAUCCAAUAAGCUUCAUUUAAUUUUCAAUUACAGUAAUAUUCAAAGUGAUAAUAUCAAGUGGAGAAAAAUGAGGGUGUUUUUAUUUCUUACAUUUUUGUCACUUGCGCUUUGUGUUCAGUUUACCAAUGGCAACGGAAGUAUCACAUUCAGUAAGCUAUUGAAUACAUUCUGUGCUAAAGUUGCGAAUAAAAACUUUUUGAUGAGACCAAAGGUUGAACCAUUGUUCAAGAUUACCACCGAAGCAAAUAUCAAAGCAUUAAAAGCCAAAUUCAGUGCAGCCGUUGUUGAUUUGGAUGUAUCAAAAAAAGAUCAGAUUUUGGCCAAGAUUCCAAAAAAUAUGAACAUUGGUGGUUUCAACACUCAUGACUUUUUCGAAGAAGGGAUCAAUGCUAUUGUAAAAGGACAAACUGAAACUCUUAAAAGCUUGAAUGCCAAAAUUUUAUCGCAACUCAACUCCGAAUCAAUCGAUGACGUCAAUUUUGUUAAUACGUUCACAAAAUGGGCAACCGUUUUAAUUAUAGAUCCUAAGCUUGCACUACGAGUCCAGGAUAAUAUACCCACUAUGGAAUCGGACUAUAAGUCAUUGCAUGACCAAUUUGACGAACAAGUAAAAAUAUCAAAUGAGUUGAGAAAAAAAUUCGACAAAGAUUUUCAAGCAGCAGUUGCGCAAUUUAAUAGCAUUCUUAGUGAAAAGAACCCAAAAGCAUUGGAGAAAAUUCUUAAAGAACUUGAACCAUUAAUUGUAAAAUUAUUCACACAACAAGGUGAAAUCUUUCACAAUCUUGAUACUUUGAGUAAUGUUCUAGAAGAUUAUAGCAGUCAACGUGUUGCAUGGGCCAAGUUUCUAAUUGGAAUGGUAGAUAAUCAUAGUUUAAAGGAUAAAUCAGCAAAACCAAAGAGAAAACCACUUACAAAAGCACCUAUCGAUGCAAAAAGACCUCCAUGGAAGCCAGCUGGACAUAGAACUACUUGAAAAAUUGUCACCGUUUCGAUAGAAAUUUAACGCCUUAUCCAAAUCGAAAGGCUUCAACAGAAGCAUGUAUAAAUGAAAUACACAGAAAAAAAUAAAGAUUAAGAUCUAAA